GUGUGAUGUCCUGGACCCUGGGCGACCGCGCCUUUGCCCGGAUCGCGGGCGGCGGCGGUGGGAUGCUCCAGGCCGUGAACGUAGGCGGGUUCAUCGCGGAGGUCCACGAGGGCCAGCGGGUCUCGCUGGCUGUGCCUGCGCUGGCGGUGGGCUUCGUGGUGGUGCCAACGAGGCGGCUGCGCACGGAGGCUCCUGAGGCAUGGGACGACGAUUACAUGCACUGUGGAGCGAAACUGUUCGAUACUGAGUCCCUGCAGGCCGCGCUGGUGUCGCUGGGCGGAGGCCUCCACACAUCGUCAGCGGAUGUGGAGGCGACGGCGGCGCCGCUUGCGCAAGGACCUCCUGCCGCGGGCCAGACAGCAGGGCCUGGCGGGCCACCCGCAGGCACCGUGCCAGCGGCAGGCAGCGCAGGCCUGCCUGGGCUGGACCGCCUGGUGGCGAGGGCCGCGCGGAGGCUGAGGCAGGCGGCUCCGCAUGCCGACGGCAGCAUCUCCUCGGGCUCCGAGGGCGAGCAACACCCCGCGCGCGCGGCGCCCCAGCGGGCGCAGGCGCAGCGGCGGGCGGGCGGCGGCGCCGACCGCAGGCGCCAGCUCACCAGCAGCGACGAGGAGGACUUCAGGUCGGCGGCAGGCAGUCCUGGCGCGCCACAGGCUGGUGCGGCAGCGGCGGCAGCGGCCCACCUGGACGCGCAUGGCCUGCAGAGCCUGCUGCAGCUGCGGAUGCUGGAGGCCAGCAAGGCGGUGAGAGGCAUGCGUCGCCAGCGCCAGCGCGUGCAGCGGCAUCCUCUCCGCGUGGUGAAGGCCUACCGGAGCGAGGUGAAGCGGGCCCUAGGGGUGCAGCAUGGGAUGGCGUGGACAUAUCUCGACUACGGAAAGCGACGCAUCCUCUGGGGCCGCCUCUACGACUUGAAGAAGACGUUCGCCGCGCUGGUAGCUGUGCUGCUCGUCCGGAUCAUGAAGGCGCUUGAGCAGGUGGCAAUCAACCAGGGCUCGUGGAAGGCGGCCUGGCCUCUGUCAGGCCUGGUGGACCCCUGCAGCCGCCGCUGCUUCGCAGGGGGCGAGUUCGAGACGGAGGCCGUGGCUGCCUACGUCGCGGAGCUCGAGGCGCUGGUGUCGAAGAUAAAGCAGCGGGGCAGCCUUGUGGCCAGCCCAGAGGACUCAGACCACUGCCCAGACGCCGACGCGGGAGCGGGCGCGACAGAGGCGCCCGGCAAGAGCAAGCGCGAGAAGAAACCCAAGAAGGAAAAUACCUGA